AUGACAGCAAGUAAGAACACGGCUGAGCAGAUGAUUGACCCGCAACCCGUUCGCCUGCAUCCUUCGCGCAUGUUCCCCUUUCCCGACCCUGUCCCGCAGGAUUCAGCUAGCACGCUACGGCAGUUCCGCUACUCAAAUCGACGUAAUGCCCCCGUCGAGCUGUUGAAAACAUUCCAAUUUGAGGGCUGCUUCCACAGCAAGCGCGCUCGUAAGAAGAUGGCGGAUCUCACUCAGCCAAUCGUACGCGCACCAGACGACUAUGUGAUAGACCUCGAGAACCCACAACGACGAGGUGAAGCCAUCAUCCUCUGGAUUGGAAUCGUGGGAACGAUCGUCUCGACGUUUCUUUUGGCCGUUCGAGCUUACACCAAAGCUGUGUUAGUCAAGAAACUGUCGUCUGAUGACUCUCUUGCCUUCGCAAAGCUGUCAUUCCUUUGUCUCUACCUGAACUUGAGCCCCGCGCGCGGUUUUCGCGCUGGAGUGCACUUCACCAUAUUUGUUGUUGUCGGAUCUUGUGUCGGCAUUGUCAUCUCUUUACUUGCAGCAUGCAAACCGUUUGCGAAGAAUAUCGACGUCACCAUCACAGAAGGGCAAUGUUUGAACAAGGCGGCAUUAUACAUCGCUACUGGGGUGCUGAACAUCAUCACGGAUAUCAUGGUCAUCAUCCUACCAAUACCCAUGGUUCUGCGACUACAAAUGUCGAGAGAGCGGAAGAUCAUGGUGAUAGGCAUCUUCAGCGUUGGCUCGAUGUAA